AUGGAUCAAAUACUAGCAAAAGCAAGUAACCAAGCAGUCACCUUUGCCAUACGGUCAGGUAUCUCGUUGGCCUCGGGGUAUGCCAUCAAGACCAUCACUAGGCUCUUAGAUAAACUCCCCGAAGAGGAGAAGCAGAGGAUACAGAAGGGUAGGAACCGACUCCAAACAAAGAUUGAUGUGGUAUCAGUGUCAAUUGACUUGAUCCGGUUGGCUUCCGCUCGUGGAAAUACCACCUUGGAGUCGACGCUCAGCAUGAUCCAAGAAUUGACCGAAGACAUCGAUCAUUUUCAAGAGAGAAUCGAUGGGAUAGCUAAUCAAUUGACGGGUGUAAAUGCAAAGGAAUCGGUCAAGAGGGUGGAAGAUCAGUUGAGGAAGUUGGAGAAUCAGAUAAACGAUUUGGUGCCUCUUCUUAACCUAUCGCUCAUCACCGCAGGUGUCAAUAUGAAUGGAUCUUUAGGCAAAGGCAUAUCCCCUGGAAGAUUGCUCCAGGCAAGCAAUUACCUAAUUAACUCCGAAAACAACUCCGAGGUGGGCCCUACGUUCGAUUUGGUGAUGUACACUAUCUUUUACAACCCUAGCAGGCUCAAGAGUGUGGAAGGAGCAGAUGAGCUUUCUUGUAUUACCUGGAAAGAAACAUAUGCCAGGGCUCUGGUCAAGAUUACCAAGCUGGAAAACAAUAAUUUUGACUUCAAAUUUGAAAUCCACGAAGACUUGAAUGAUGGAAGGUAUCACGAAGAGGAGGCUACUUCUAAGAUUUAUGACGUGAGCAAAAUCGAACGCAUGUUCUUUAGCGCAUCUGGCAAAUUAUUGAAGUUGGAAGGAAGGAACUCGCCAGUGUUGAUAAUUAAAUUAGUUGAGGGAAUCAAUGAAGAGUGGAUCGGUUUAGGGGAGUUGAAUGCUGGCGAGUUUGACGAAGAAGAUGACGACGAGGAAGAUGAAGAUGAAAACGAUGAUGAGGAUGAGCGAGAUGGGAAUAAAGCCAAGAAAGAGUCCAAGGCUGCAAAGAAUACCUCCCUAUCGUUACUUGAAUAUCUUUUAAGGCUUUCCAAAUUGCAACAAAUUGAGCAACAAUCCAUUCUCAACAUUAAGGAUGAGGUGUUAGCUCUCUAUUUGAAGGACGAAGAGGCCUCGAAUCUACCUAUUGUUCCGCAAACAAGCCAGGAAAAG